UUUCACUUCCUCCUCCGAGAGCCGACGGAUCUCCGGGUGCCAGGCGAUCAUGGCGCUGCUGGAGGUGUGCGGAGCCUCCCGAGGGCAGCGGGAAGACUGGGCUUUCCCCGCCGCGGGAAGCGGGCAUCGCUCGGACCCUGGACACUACAGUUUCUCUAUGCGAUCUCCGGAGCUCGCCCUCCCGCGAGGAAUGCAGCCCACUGACUUCUUCCAGUCCCUGGGUGGGAACGGAGAAAAGAACAUUCAGAUUGAGAUGGCCCAUGGCACUACCACACUGGCCUUCAAGUUCCAGCAUGGAGUGAUCGUGGCGGUGGAUUCUCGGGCCUCAGCUGGGAGUUACAUUGCCACCUUAAGGGUGAAUAAGGUGAUUGAGAUUAACCCUUAUCUGCUUGGCACCAUGUCUGGCUCUGCAGCGGACUGUCAGUACUGGGAGCGUCUGCUGGCCAAGGAGUGCAGGCUGUACUAUCUGCGGAAUGGGGAGCGCAUCUCAGUGUCAGCAGCCUCCAAACUGCUCUCCAACAUGAUGUGCCAGUACCGGGGCAUGGGCCUCAACAUGGGCAGCAUGAUCUGUGGCUGGGACAAGAAGGGUCCUGGACUCUACUAUGUGGAUGAAAAUGGGACUCGGCUCUCAGGAAAUAUGUUCUCCACUGGUAGCGGGAACUCCUAUGCCUAUGGGGUCAUGGAUAGUGGCUAUCGGAACAAUCUUAGCCUCGAAGAGGCCUAUGACCUGGGCCGCAGGGCUAUUGUUCAUGCCACCCACCGAGACAGCUAUUCUGGAGGCGUUGUCAAUAUGUACCACAUGAAGGAAGAUGGUUGGGUGAAGGUGGAAAGUACAGACGUCAGUGACCUGCUGCACCAGUAUCGAGAGGCCAGUCAGUAACAGUGGUGGCCGCUGGGCUGGCCUCCUCUGGGAAAGCCUGGCUGACUGAGGGACCUGGGCCUGCUUAUGCCCCAGGAGAAAGAGGGGCCUAACCUGAGCCCAGAGAUAGAGAACUGGCAGCCAGUGGGGGCAGGGCAGAGUUCAUCCAUUGCAUGUUCUCUGUUUCCCUCCCCCCACCUCAACCUUCUGGGUGCCCCACUAAGCACAAUAAAGGAAAACGGUUAUAAAAGC